CCACCGCACGGCGGCGCACAUGAUGAACGAAAUUCAAAAUGGCGUAUAUUGUGAGUGAAUGAGCCAGACUGUGCAAAAUAAAGCCAGAGCUUUAAAACCAUGCCUCCUCGUAUUCGUACCGGCACCCACCUCGCCCGCCUGGACGAGGAGGGGCCCAAUAUCUUCAUCGGCGAUGACACGAUACUGGGAAGCGGCAGUCCUGUGGAAGAGCUUCCCGCUUCGCCAUCCCAUCGACUUAAUUUCGCAGAUGCCAUGCCGAGUCCUAGCAGACGGCGACAGAUGCUAGCACGAUCCGAUAGUGGGAGAAGCCUAAGCGAUCAGGUCGAUGAGCCACAAGAGCAGCCACAAGAGCUACAAGCCGCUUCGGAAGAGGCAACUACGAAUCAUGUGUCUCCCUCAAACCCUGAGGAGAAGAAACCGUCAUCAGGAAACAAGAGGAGACCUCCUGGAGGUGGUCUGUUGUUGUUCUAUAACGACGAUACUGAUACCGCGAUUGAGGAAGACAUCGUGGCGGAUAGUACGGCUACAGAGUCGGAGCCUGUCGUUGUUAUGGUGGGCGUUUUAAGUCUACUUCAUAGUGUGAUUUGAUUGAGUCUUUUGGGCUACUUGGCGUUGUAUGAUCCGUCGACUGGUAAUUCAUGAGGCAAAGCUCGUCUAAAUCAUACCUCGGACAGCGAGUACCGUCAUUCGAGCGGCCGAAAGACGGCCCUUCUGUGAAAAGCGCCUCGUCGAGCAAGGAAGACACGUACUCGGAUGACUUUGUUUCCUCUUCAAUGGGUGGGGUCUCUGACAAACCUCAGCAGAGUGCUUCUGGGGGAGAGGACAACAAGAAGACCACGAAUAGAAAUGCACAAGCAACUUCGAUCACGCCUGCCGUGCCUGCAGCACGUACAACAAGUGGCGGUACUUUUGUUGCUUCCCAAUUUGGAGGUAGUACCAGUGCGCCGUCGACCACUACCACUGGUCAACUACCGACUACGACCACAGGGGGUCCUCUGCUGGCCGCGAAUGAUGGCGGACUACUAGCAGGACUGACCCACACAGGUCUGGGCACAUCAUCGUCCAGAACAAGUGGAGCAGCCGCGACCAGCACCGCAGCGUCAUUUUCUUCUCCCAGUAAACAUCUGACCACAUCAUCUUCCUAUCAUGCAUCCGCACCAAUGUCAGCAGGCAAAACGCCUCUAGGCGGUCCUCUGAGCGCUAGCAGGGAAGGAGGUUUCAGACACUUGAGUUCGGAGUUCCCUUUCGCUCCAGGUGUACACGCACAGAAGGAUUUCUCACCUUCCAUCAUUCCUCCUUCUACGAGUACUACUCCUGCGGUCAACCUCAAGGCGUCGGCUUCUUCGGCCUUCCUGCUAGAGUCGUCCCGGCCAAAGGUAUUGGAUGCAGUAAAAGAUCGUCGGCCCACAGGUCGCUUUGCGGCGUCAGAGACGGAGGAAACUGAGGUAGGAAAAAGAAGUGUCGUGGAAGAUGACUGGUAUUAUUUUUACAUUCUGGGAUGAUACAACAGAUACUCUAACGGAUGAGAACUUGUUUGCAUCGUGUCUAUUUUAACCUCAAGUCCUUCUGUUGUCCAUCUUCAUUAUAAUCAUGUCAAUAUUCUAGGCGUGAUUCGUCCCCGAGCAAAAAGCCGCUGCACCUGGAGCCGCUUGCGGCUAGUGGCCUCGCAACUUCCUCGGUAAGUGGAUUCGCUCCUCAAAAUCAACCAUGUAGUUCCGGUAUGGUCAGAGCAGCGCAGAACAUCGCUUUUUCGGGCAAUCCCGCAAGCGCAACUGCCACCCGUGGUUUCAAGACCGAGCAUAUGGCUAAACCGAGCAUGCCUCCUGAAACGACAGCUCAGGCGGGUGCUAGUAAUAAGCCUUUCCAGGCUCCUGGUGUCGAGAGGGCUUCCCAGGAUACAAAACACACCACAAGCAGUGCCAUUCCCUCUUCUUCCUCUUAUGGUGGUACGAAAAAGAAUGCAUUUACUAUACUUGUACUCCUCUACUUUUUAGGAUUUGUUGAAAAUGCUUUCAACAUCCCCCCACUCCUUCUAACCUUCCUCUGCCUCCUCUUCUUCCGAUAGCGUAGAACGCCUCGAAGCUCACGGCAUUGAAAUGAGUAAGUUCUUCUCCUCUGCGUGGGAACGGCUGGACCGGGAAAAGCAAAGUGCCAUUGCAGCUGAGGAAUUUGAGACGGCCUUGCAGAAGCACAGAGAGCAAAUGGGUCUGAAAUUUGCCAGAGAGGAGUUCUCCCGGCGUCACGGCGCUUUGGGCGGCCACAAAGCUCGAUUGCGUCAGAACUUGUUGCUGCAGAUCCAAGCGGAACGAUACCAAGAAUGCAUCCGCUUAAAGCGGAACGAGGCCGAGCUAAAUCAUGCUUUGGAGCAACUGCGAUUGUCGGAGCUAGAGUGGAAGAAGAAGGUGAACCAGAACCCACGAUUAUUGGCUGCAUUAGAACGACAUCCAGUCAAAUUCUUGCCUCCUAUGCUUUUGCCUUCGUUUAUCCACAAUGGCGAAGAAGAAGGAGGUCUGGGCUUUGAUUUAGACGUUGAUAAUAUUG